AUGGGUUGGUUGAGAGUGUUUGCAUUAGUUCGACGUUUUUAUUUUAAUUAUAAUUAUGUUGAUUCUAAUUUACCAUAUAUUCAUUCAUUAUUUUUUCGUCGCGUUCAAUUCUCAAUUCGAUUGGUGAUUGCGUUUCUUGUCAGUGGUUUCCUUGCCUAUGGAUCACCAUUGAAAAAUCAGGUCUCACAACUUAUAUUUUUAAUUCCUCUUGCUAGUGUAUUAGUUAUACAAGAUACAGUUGGUUUAACAGUGGCUGCUGCUUUUCAAAUGUUAACCACACUUGUCCCUGUUUCAAUCUUUCUUUUUAUUGUUCAAAAAAUUGGUCUUGGUUAUCACGAUUACCUUGCAGCUGAAAUUAUAUUACUCAUUGUAUCUUUUUUUAUUGGCUUCGUUGGUUCACAGGCUCAAAGUCGUAAAAUACCUUUGGUAAUGUGUGCAGUAUUUUUUGCAACGAUCGUCAAUCAACCGAUUAUUCCGUCAACUCUUAUUUUUCAAAUAUUUGAAGAAUUUGCUAUUGGAAUUUGUGUAUCUGUACUUGUUUCUUUGAUUAUCUUUCCUGCUUUUGUAACGAUGGAUAUUGAAAAUCGUGUUAAUUAUAUUUUAUUAAAUCUUGGAGAAAUGCAUAGAUUAAUAGUUCAAUCAUUCUUACAUCAAGAUCAAAUAGAUGCACAAGUAUUACUUACUCAAGCAUCAACAAUUGAACAAAUGGUUUUUGAAGCUAUGAGUUCACUACAAACAAAACUAGCUUUCGCUCGUUUCGAACCAUCAAGACUUCUUCAACGGAUUUUCAAUUUAAAAAGAAAAAAUAUAAUUGAUUUAACAUUAUCAGAACAAGAAAAUUUGGUCACAUCAUUAUUUCUUUAUGUUCGAUCGAUGCAAUCAAUGGUUAAACAAUGCCAUUUCAAUGAAUAUCACACUGAUUUAACACGAGAUGUCAGAGAGAGUCUUCUAAAUUUAUGUUCAUGUCAAUCAAUAAUAAUAAAUAAUAUAACAAAACAUACAUCGAUAACAAAAGGUGAAUUUAUGUAUUAUGUAUCAGAUCUUUACCAAGCUCAUCAAAAGCUUAGUAAGACAUACAGAGAUACUGGUUUUCAUCGUUUGGAAUAUGCAGUUAUAUCUGGCACAACUAUUAAAUCCGAAGAUUAUCUCGGUCAUUCUUUCUUUCUUUUUCAAAUACAUACUAUUGCAAAACUCUUAAUAUCAGUAACGACAACAGACAAGAAAAAAGUUGUUGAAAAAAAAAGAAAAACAAGUUUAAAAGAACGUCUGAUACCUAAAUGGUCACGAAUAUUGGUAGCAUUGAAAACUACAAUUAUAAUGGGAGUUGGUUCAAUUUUUGUUAUGGUACCGAGUUUAGUAACAACAUUUGAAAAUGGUCAAUGGAUUUUUAUCGCUCUCUGUAUGACACAAGGAGAUACUGUUGGCGGAGCAUUUACAACAAUGCGAAUGAGACUUUUCGGGACUUUACUUGGAGCAAUGUGGUCAUAUAUUACAUAUUUAGCAGUUGGAGAACAGAUUUAUCCAACAUUUGGAAUGUUAGUUCCCUGGAUUCUUUUCUUUGGUUAUAUAAGAUCAUUACCUAAUUGGACUUAUACAGCUCUCGUCGCUAUAUUCACUCCAAUACUAAUUAAUCUCG